AUAGACCGCCAGUAUCAUUAGCUAUGGCAAGAUAUACUACGCCGUUACCUCUACCCACAGUUGCACCAACAACAAAUUCAACGAAUAACGUGUCAACUCCACCUCGGCAAGAUAACGAGGAUGGAAAUGCAUCCGAAGAUAGUAUAGAUGUAACAAACGAAGAACCGUUAACGUCUCAACGUAGCGGAUGUACGCUUCCUCCGGUGCUUCCAUCGUUAUAUUCACCAGCAAGUGCCGAAACGGUAUAUGAGACCAGUGCAAGAUUGCUUUUCAUGGCUGUUAAAUGGGCAAAAAAUCUUCCCUCUUUUGCUGGUCUGCCAUUCAGAGAUCAGGUAAUAUUGUUGGAAGAAGUUUGGUCAGAGCUGUUCCUUUUAAAUGCGGUUCAAUGGUGUUUGCCGCUCGAAUCGUCACCUCUCUUUAGCACCGCUGAAUUAACAGCUCUAUCUCUUUCACCACAUUCGCAUCCGCAUUCGGGACUACACUUGCAAACUGCUACAGGAAAAUCUAAUCAAGUAGCGACGGACGUCAGAAACUUGCACGAUACUCUACAGAGAUAUAAAGCAAUUAUGGUCGAUCCUGCAGAAUUUGCUUGUAUGAAAGCCAUCGUUCUCUUUCGACCAGAAACGCGCGGUUUGAAAGAUUCCAGCCAAAUAGAGAAUCUGCAAGAUCAAGCGCAGCUAAUGCUAGGACACCAUGCGCGAGCUCAACAGCCCAAUAGUCCGGCUCGCUUUGGUAGGUUGUUGUUACUUCUGCCGUUGUUGCGAACGGUGCCAGCAGCACGAGUGGAGUUAAUCUACUUCCACCGAACAAUCGGUAAUACACCAAUGGAAAAAGUCCUUUGCGAUAUGUACAAAAACUAAACUUAUAUAUUGAGCAUCAAAGACGUUUAUUAUAAACUAUUAUAAAAACUUGAUAACAUAAAUAUUACAAAAUUUAAAGUAUUUGUGAAUGAUUCGAUAGAAGUUAAUUAAAAUAAAAUUAAAGCAUCGAAAAAAAGGAUAAUAAAGACUGGACAGCGAGACUUUCCUAAAUGAAUCAAGAAACGACAGCAAACACGCUUUGUUUCUAUACAAUCAGGCCUAAGGACUAAGUUCUAAGUCUCUUCGGUGAUUAUAAGAACUUUGAUUGGCUAAUAUUCCUAUACAAACGCGACAGAUAUAAGCAAAACAACGUCGCUAACGAAUAAAACGGCAACUAAAGUCGAACACUUCAAAUUGCGGC